GUCACAUCAUCGGAAGUGUAUCAUCAUCAAAUCCAUCUCCUCAAAGUUAUCGGCAUCAGAAAGACAACAAAACUGAUACCUUAACAAGACUUCAUUUGAUAUAAUCAAGUGAUAUCCCUGACCAGAAUAAGCGUAGAAACCUUGCGAAAUAUCUUGACGCUGGUUGUUGUAGCUUGUCCGUAGGACACGCAUCUUGAUGCCAAGUGACCAUGGGCCGACAGUGACGCUCAGUAGGAGUUAUCCGAGGUCUGUUCGUUGGCGGCCCUAUGUAGGUGCUCUUCUCUACGACGUGCCUUGCAAGUGGUGGCGAAGGGGCGGUCGAAAGAUACCGGGGUGAGGUUGGGUGCUUUGCGAUGGGCCUCCAUGUACAUACAUCUCGACCUCCGUAUCUGAGAACGCAUCGUAAUGCAUGAAAUUUGAAGUGACUAUGAGACUGGUUGACUCUGCUUCAAUGCCGCAUGUACAUAUGGGUGGCAACAGCAGCCAAGUCUUGAUUCAACUAUCGACAAUCCAGAUCUCCACCUCUCUCUCAUCAUGAAAUUCUACAUCCUCUUGACUAUCAUCUUGCAAAUAUCGCCGCGAUUGGGGGACAUCAACUCGGUUUCUGUUUUCCAUAUGAGUGAUUCAGCGCUUGAUGAACGGAGUAGCUUCAGUCCUUUACAAAAACGCAAAACUUCUCGCAAUGUUGUUGAAUGUAGACCCACAGAUCGGGCACCAUUCGGAGGUAUAUUGCAAGACUGCUUAGUAUGUGCCGGCCAGUUGUCGAAACAUCAUUUGUCUUGUACCAUGCUCAAAACGUGUGCCGUCGUGAUAGUAGAGCCGACCACGGGGAAGCCAUCCAAAGUUGAAAAAAUGACAGUCGAGGAGCUCGUAUAUCGUUUGCCUCAGUCGCUGGACUCUACUUGUACUGUUACACCCCUACUAAGAUUCAUUUCACCACACACACACACACGAACACUUCUUCACCCAAUUCAUUCAUCUAUAAUGUCUUCUGAAGCUCGUUUACGAAUCGUCAAACUCGACGACAACAAUUACCCCGAAUGGAAGGGUGAUAUCACCGGUGCUCUUAUGUCGGCCUCACUUGACGAGUUCAUCGACUCGGAUGCAGAAGUUGUUCCUGCACCAGAAGGACCGGUUUCACAAGAGCGAAAAGUUCUUUAUGACGUUUAUGUCAUGCGACAACGCAAAGCCGCAGGUAUUAUGUUCAGUCAUAUGACUCAACAAUUCCGUAUCAUCGUGGAAUCAGAAGGCUUUAUCUAUCAGCCGUUGAAAAUCUGGUUACUCAUGAAAGAAAAGUUUCAAGCCACAACCUCUAGUAGUAAGGGUAGAGCUUAUUCAGCUUUCACUCGUAUUAUUUUCACUUCUCUUGAUCAAUAUAUCAAGGACACUCGAUCGGCUUUGGCAACUAUGAGAGCUUGCAGUGUAAAUUUCUCUGAUGAUCUCCAAGAGUUAAUCGGCGAAACUAUAGUGGAAAACUUCCAAAUUCCAUGGAGACAACCUUAUCUCUUUUUGAUUCUAAAUGACCUUUAA